CAAGUUUUUUUGCUCUUACAGGUAAACAGUCAUGGAUUUGUUCGCUGGCUUGAAGAGCUUCUUCAAAACUGAUGCAACAACUAUCGAUAACAACAUAUUCAGACUUCACUACAAAGCUACAGCAGUAAUUCUUGUGGCAUUCAGUAUCCUUGUUACUGGCAGGCAGUACAUCGGUGACCCCAUUGACUGCAUUUCUAAAGACGACAUACCUUCAAAGUUGCUGGACACUUUCUGUUGGAUACAUACGACGUUCAGUUUACCAGACGCGUGGCACAAAAAAGUUGGUUCAGAAGUUCCCUACCCUGGCGUUGACAAGUAUACUCCUGGAGAGAAACGUGUAUAUCAUGCCUACUACCAGUGGGUGUGUUUCGUUCUCUUCUUGCAAGCUGUUCUGUUUUACAUACCGAGGUAUUUCUGGAAGGCUAUGGAAGGUGGCAGAAUAAAGAAUUUGAUUCUGGGAUUAAAUUCUCCAGUUCUGCCAGAUGAAACCAAGGCGUCAAACAGAAAGUUGCUUGUUGAGUAUAUGGUAUCGAAUCUGAAUAAUCACAGCCUCUAUUUCAUGAGCUAUUCAAUCGCAGAGAUCAUGAAUUUCGUCAACGUGGUCGGUCAGAUCUUCCUCAUGGAUGCCUUCUUGGGUGGGGAGUUUUCCACUUAUGGUUCGAAAGUGAUCCAGUUCACCGGCUGGGAUUGGUCCGUGCGUUAUGACCCUAUGAUCAAGGUGUUUCCUCGACUCACCAAGUGUACCUUCCACAGAUAUGGUUCUUCCGGAGAUGUGCAGCGUCACGAUGCCAUGUGUAUAUUGCCAAUCAACAUCAUCAAUGAGAAAAUCUACGUCUUCCUGUGGUUCUGGUUCGUCAUCCUCGCCGUCCUGUCCGGACUGGUCCUCAUUUACCGAUCCGUCAUCGUUUUCUGGCCAAAAUCUAGAUUCAUGGUCACUCGCUCAAGGGCCCGUCUUGCCAACCAGGAUUACCUGGAAACCAUCAUCAACAAGUGUAAGUUGGGAGACUGGCUUCUGCUCGACCUGUUGUCCAAGAAUCUCGACCCCCUAAACUUCCGCGAUGUUAUCAACGAUUUCGCGCGACGACUGGAUGGAAAGAACUUAGACAACGUCUGAUCCAAUAGUGAGCUAAUUUAAGCAUAUUGUAUGAUGACAUUUUCCUACAUUUGCCUUCGCAAAAGCAGUGUUCACAAAAAAUACUCUUUGCAAAGACAACUCAUCUUGUCAUUUACAAUCAGUCGAUGCUGCCACAAACAAUUGUGCCUUAAAAAUUCAAGAACAUUCAUGAAAUCAUAUAUUUUUCUAUACCGCUCAAAUGUUUUCUAUUCUAAUAGCUCUUUACAUUGACUUUUUGAAUUCAUUCCAUUUUUAUCAGAUUCCAAUCCUUUCCACCAUAAAAAUAGAAACGAAUUAUAGCGUGCAAUACUCCUUCCCAUGCUUUUGUAUAAGGGGUGUGAUAUUAAUUUAAUUAUUUAUUUUUGAUGUUUGAUGUAACAGAAAUGUUUCUUGAAGAAAUGAUUUCUAUAUCUUUGCUCAAAAUUCAAAAUAUUUAUAUAACUUAAAAUUGGGCAACUUCAUUUGUUUUUAGAUUCUUUUAGAUUAGACCUUUUUUGUAAAAAGCAGUAAAACGACGAAUGUUAAUCACUGAAGACUUCCAUUUGAAUCAUAUCAAUUUUUAAUGUUCUUUUUUUUUUGUCUUCGACGUAGUUUUAAUUAUUGCUUGUCAUGUUUACUAUCUUACAUCAAUAAUCAGAUAUUUUGUUAGUUGGAGAGGUGCUCUGUUGUUCCUAAGUGUGUUAAAGAUUCACGAAAUAAAUUGUUACUGCCAUGAUAGGAUUGAUGAUGACUUUUUAGAGGGAAGUUUCAUGUCUUGAUCUGUGUAGAGCACUGAGUGUUUUACAUGAAAUACAUUCUGUGCUGUAAAGUGCAUUUAUUCCCCGUGUAUCAUUGCGAAGAUAUUUCAUCACAUGUAUUGUAUUUUUCUAAGUGUUUUAACAGCAGCUGGUUGUUGCCCCGGGACCAUUUUUUUCCAAUUCUUUGUUACCAUGGGACCAAUAUUCUCAUGCUAUCAGAAUGUUGUAAAUACUUUCUAAAAAUUGUGGGAUAUUUGAUUUUGAUGUGUGAUAAUACAAUUGUUAAGUAAUAAUUAGUGAACAGCAGCUGUCUGUGAAUAGUUGAAAUUUUUAGCUAUAUUUUGGUGUGCAGACUGGAUUUCUUUUUUAUAUGUAUUUAUCUUCAUAUUGUCUUACCUUUUAUGAGUGCCACAAUGACAAAGCCUGCUGAGCUUGUCAUAUUUGGAUGUAUUACCAUUUGGCUAAUAAAGUCUGAAUCGUAUGAUGCA